AUGUUUUCGAGGCUCCUAAAGUCACCUACAACUGUAACCACGCGAGCGUUGACUCGUCAACUGCAACAUUACCAUCGUCAUAUAACUACUCACCGGCGCACCAUCUUUUCUACUAGACUAUUGCACACUUCACAACGUCGUCUAGCUAACUUGACUGAAGAGCAGCUAGAGAUACUAAAUCAAGAAAGGCCCAAGGAUAAUGUGGAUGUGUGUAUAGUGGGAGCAGGUCCUGCAGGGUUAGCCACGGCGAUAAAGUUGAAGCAAUUGGAUAACGAACAAGGAAAUGGCGAUAAACGAGUAGUUGUAUUGGAGAAAGCAGCUGAUUUUGGUAGUCAUAUAGUCAGUGGUGCUGUAAUUGAACCAAGAGCUUUACGUGAGUUGUUCCCUGAGUCGGGUGAAGAUAUACCAGUACCGGCUGAUUUAGUCACCAAGGUAACUGAAGAUCAUAUGAAGUAUCUAACUGAGAAAUCAAGUUGGCCGUUGCCUGAACCGCCGCAAAUGGCCAACAAGGGAAAGAACUACAUCACCAGUUUGAACAAUCUUGUCAAAUACUUGAGUGAACAGGCUGAAGAAUUGGGGGUGGAGUUGUACCCUGGUAUUUCCGUUAGCGAUGUCGUCUACAAUGAUGCUGAAGAUGUUGUUAUUGGAGUCGCAACUAAAGAUAUGGGAUUGGACAAAAACGGAGCUCCCAAGGAUACAUUUGAAAAAGGAAUGGAAUUCAAUGCUCGAGUCACGGUGUUUGCCGAGGGGUGUCACGGAUCAUUAACCAAACAAUUGAUUAAAAAAUUUGAUUUACGUAAACAUUCUGAUAUGCAAACUUAUGGAUUAGGAAUUAAAGAAGUGUGGGAAGUCGAGCCGCAAAAUUUCAAGCCGGGGUAUGUGGGGCAUUCAUUGGGGUUCCCCUUGACUAAAGAAUCAGCAGCUUAUGGAGGUGGAUUUAUUUAUCAUUUCGGUGAUGGAUUAGUUGCCGUGGGGCUAGUGAUUGGGUUAGAUUACGCUAACCCUUACAUCUCGCCCUAUCAAGAAUUCCAAAGAAUGAAGACGCAUCCAUACUAUGCCGAUGUGUUGCGAGGAGGUAAAUGUAUUUCAUACGCCGCUAGGGCGUUAAAUGAAGGGGGGUACCAGAGUAUUCCUCAGUUGUAUUUCCCCGGUGGAGUCUUGGUUGGGUGUGGUGCGGGCUUUUUAAAUGUGCCUAAGAUUAAAGGCACGCAUACCGCCAUUAAAUCAGGAAUCCUUGCUGCUGAAGCUAUAUUUGAACGUAUACAGGACUUGGAAUUAGACGAUGAAGAAGAAUUUGAGAAUCAAAUUGCCAAUGAUGCGAUUGUAUUGUCGGAAUAUGAAUCUAAUUUCAAACAAUCAUGGGCCUACGAAGAAUUACGUGCCGUGAGGAACGUAAGACCAAGUUUCAACUCCGCACUUGGUGUUCUUGGUGGCUUGGCUCAUUCUGGAUUAACCACGAUGAUCACUCAGGGCCACGAACCAUGGACGUUACAAUUUGACCAUUCCGAUGCCGCAGCCACCAAGCCAGCAUCGCAAUUCAACCCCAUCACUUACCCCAAACCUGAUAAUGAAUUGACGUUUGAUUUACUAACCUCAGUUUCGCGGACAGGCACUUAUCAUGAUGAAGAUGAACCAUGCCAUUUACGUGUGCCAAAUCAGGAUUUACAACAGCAUGCUAAAUUAAAUUGGCCCCAGUAUCAAGGUAUUGAACAACGAUUUUGCCCCGCUGGAGUUUAUGAAUAUUUGCCGGAUGGGUCGAAUGAAUUGGGGGUUGAAUUUAAAAUCAAUUCGCAGAAUUGCAUUCAUUGUAAAACGUGUGAUAUUAAAGUCCCGUCACAGGAUAUUAAUUGGACGGUGCCUGAAGGUGGCGAUGGACCAAAGUAUUACAUGACAUAG